AAUCGGUAAAUCACACAAAGUUUAAGUGGCAUAUCCCAAAGACCUCGCGAGAAAAGCCAUUAGGUAAACAUUCACUUUCAAAGUGCACGUUGACUGGGACGCCGCUCGAAAGAUAUAACGAACACAAAAGUACAGUAUGCAGUGGAAUAAUCUGGUAAUACCUAUAGUAUGUUGUUUGAUCGCCAUCGUAACAAGAGUAAACAGUCUUGAUGACUCCAAAAAGAAGGUAGUAGAAAGACGUGACCUGGAUACUCUGGGGUCGUCAUUGCUCCGGAAACGCACUAUGCUGGAUACUGUGGGCAGUGACCUUCUGAAGAAGAGGUCAGAGGACAAGAGGCCAGUGGACACCCUGGACUCUAGCUUCCUAAGGAAACGCAUGCUAGAUUCCCUAGGAAGUAACCUCCUUCGUAAAAGGAUGUUGGAUUCUCUCGGCAGCAACCUCCUCCGAAAGCGCAUGCUUGAUACCCUCGGGAGCGCGUUCAUUAAGAAGUCUAUUCCAAACCACGGUGACGUUGAGAUGUUCGACGAACGCGCCCUUGAUGAAAUCGCCAGUAACUUAAUCGGACGCCGAGCCCUUGACGAGAUUGCCUCCAGCAUGUUUGGACGCCGAGCUUUGGACGAGAUAGCAAGCUCGAUGUUUGGUCGGGAGGUUAAGGACCUGAAGCCCAGUCAGCGACGCGAGUUGGACGAAAUCGCCAGCAGGAUGUUUGGACGACGUGCGUUAGACGAGAUUGCUUCGAGUAUGUUUGGACGAGCGUUGGAUGAAAUCGCGUCAAGUAUGUUUGGACGGGAAGCGGGAAAGAACAGAAAGCAGGAAGAUGAAGAAGGAUUCAAAGCAACCCGUAAUCGUCUGCAACAGACGCCACCAAUGGAAGAGGAACGCAGCUAGGCAAAGAAUGGAACAAUGGCAUAGUAAUCUGCAAUACAUUUCCGAAAUCUAAAAUUAACUUAUUUUUGUAACAUGCGGGAAAAAUUAUCUGAUUUUAAACUUUCAUCAUUCCGGCGUAUAGUGACAUACGCAAGCAUGCGUGCAAUGAAAAUCUAAAUAAAUUAUGAAAAUUUGAUCUCAAAUGGUGUAAGUACUAGGAAUAGAAGUAACGGUGGUGUUGCUUUUUGGAAAUCAUAUCAGAUAAGUAAAACCUUAGGAUAAGUAUUCGAAUAAUAAGAAUAUAUUCAGGAUAUGAAUGAGAACAACUAACAUCACUUAUACCAUAAGUAAGUUAAAUUUAGUCACAAAAAUAUAAGUAAGCUUUCGUCGAUGUGAUCUCUGUUGCUUUACAUGCUAUAUCUGCUAUACUUCUUUAAUUGUUUCUAUGGGCGACUUCUUUUAGAUAGUAAAUUUAGAAUAGCCCCCGCUUAAAUACCAUAUGGCGUCUUUCCUAGUGUAAAUUCAAUGUACCAAUCGAAAAUGGUAAGCUUGUUUUUGAUUCCUCAUACCUACUGGCGGAUCAUUGGAAAAAGUAAUAGAGGUUUGGACGGUAUCGGAUGGGGAAGCAAAUGUACAAAACACUUUUCGCAACAUUUCGAUUCGAUUUCCUUCAAGAAAAAAGGGAGAAGCGUUUACGGGAUCAAGAAUUACCCCAGCAUCCAGGCACUCUAGAUCAUAUAUGUAUUGCCAAGCUUCUUGUCAGCUCAUGUUCUACAGUUGUCUCAGUAGCUGAAUUGCACACGUAUUUUUUUCCAAUUUUUAUUCAAAAAAUGAAAGUAUACUAUAUCACUCUGUGAUUCCCAGGGGUUUGGUGUACCCAGGGGGUAGGUGUAUCCAGGGGGUAGUACCCCAGCGGUUUCGGCAUUUUAGACAAUGAUUUUUAGAACAAAAUUUAAUGUUCUCAUGUUCGUCCCAACAGUUACUUAAGUAUGUGUAUAUUGGGAGUAUUCCCUUACAAGUAGCGCUUCACAUUUCUUUCAGAAACUUGGAACUAAUUACAAGAUAAUAAUAUAUGCAUUAAUGACAUGUUGUAAAUGGAAAAAUGUCCUUGGAUUUUUGUAGAAUAUUAGUUAGAUGAACUAGGAGGAAAGAUAACGACACGGAAAAUAAACUUUACUACUUCAUUGUCUUCUCUCGUCGAAACUCACAAACAACAAUUUUCAUUUAUAAAUUCCAAUUUUGUUUAAAUUAAUUGUACAAAAGAACGGUAUAUUGGACACACCAUAAAUUGAGGAAACACACCAUUAUUAGAUACUGUUUCCGGCAUCCGGCUCACGUCGCAAAAGUGUCACGAUGACGUAAUACCUAUUGGCAGCCAUUAUGUUGCCAUAGAUUUCGGCGUUAACAAAACAGCAAAUCGGAAAUUUUCCACAGUCAUGUACAGAGAAGUAAAUCAACCAGACACAGAACAACGAUCAUCAGCGGGAGAUAGCCCCCGGCAUUUCCUAGCUAUAUCCAAACGUGCAUGUAUUUUGUCCUACAAAGGAACGAUUUUGAUAGUCAAGCAAAGCUUAUAUAGUUCUUUUUUUCCGAUACUUAAACAUUUGUUUAAUGGAUUUCCUCUGCUUUAUAGACAUUCGUCAUUUACUUAGUUUUACGUCUAAUACUGGUCAAACGUAUGUACUUGGUAAGGCUUCCAAAGUACAUCCAGAUCAAAUCAAUAUGCAGGCGUUAGAAUUCUUCUUUUUGUUCACGAUAAUUGAACAGCGCACCUUUGUAGAAGGCAAGACCAAGAACGCAACAUUUGCAAAUUAGGUCUAACCUUAGAUAAUUUAUCUGGUAAGGGAUGGGAUAUUGUUCUUUGUCAUUUUAAGUUAUUAAUACUACUGUAUUCAUUAACGCUUGUCGCGUAUUGUUUGAUUAUUAAUAAAGGCGAUUGCUUAUUGCGUUUGACAAAUGGUUUGAUAGGAAGAGAUGAAAUCAUUGCCAGUGGCUUAACUGAUACUCAAGAGACAUAUAAGAACACAGAGUUUAUCACAAUUGGGAGAUAUUUGGGAAAAAAUCUAAAAAUGAUAGCAUGAUUAUUCUUAAUUUUCAAGAUUUAUAUUUACACGUAAGGAAUAUCAUAAAACUAAUAUUAUUUCAAUCUCACGUUGCUUGCUGUAUUUCGAAUAUUACGAAUUAUUAAAUUGCGAUUGAAACCACUGUUACAGUUCGAAAAUAAAAGUAGGUCUAACUUUGACGUAAGUCAUGAACCAACAGUGUCUCCUUAUUAUUCAAGUAAGCAUUUUGAGCGUAAUGCACAAUGGGGUAUGUUUGGUUAACUUUACCACCCAAAAAUCUGGGUUUACAAUAAAGAAAAUGACGUAGUUCCUAGUGAUAUUUUUGUUUUAUCUUCUUGAUUAGAUUACAACUCUUCUAGCUCGUCAAAGAAUGUCAGAAUAGCGGCAAUAAGAUAUAUGUGUCAGGUCAAGCUAAUGAUGUGGCAAUAUAACAAAGUAUUAUUAUAAGUUUUGAAUCUAAAAACCAUUGAUAAUUUGCUAGACGCAAUACGCCUCACUAUCAAACCUAACUGUUCCUUGCAUUGUAUUUCUUCUAGUUGCGGACAAGACAAUUUUUGAAUAAAGCAGCACAGUGAACUUUAAA